AUGACGCCGAACGCUACAAAAUUCCCGCUGCUCUAUUUACCCUGCUUGGCCUUAGAAAACGUAUUAAGUAAUUUUGAUCAUUUGGAUCGAUUCGAGUUCUCUACUUGUUCGAAGCGUUGUAAGCGAGUCGUGAAGUCACUCAGACAUGGUCGCAUUGAGAUCGAUGUUCAACUAAAUCAUCGUCUCACAUCAGUCACUUUGAGUAGUGGCAGGAAUUUGAACGAAUAUACUUGGUUUCAUUUUUGUAAUGAACCUGGAUGCAGUAAUCACCAGUCACUAACUCUGAAUGGACGGACAAUUCGAAUGAAAAAGGCUUCUUCAAAACUUCUGAACAAUUCAAAAUGCGUUUGUUUCUAUUGUUCAGGGGGAUUGACAGUCAAUACCAAAGCUCUCGUUAACCAUUUGGUGGAAAUUUUUAGAGUUCCGAUUAGAAUAUUGAGAUUCGAUAUGGAUGGUCUCGUCAACUACCGCGACUACGUACAAUGUUUUUCAAAAUGCGACGAUUUGAGAAUUUGUGGAGUUGGAGCAAUUUCAGAAGAAGACCUCACCUAUCUCGAAGAACAUGUAGAACACACGCAUUUUUACAUAAACGGCAAUCUUCAAUAA